GUAAAACCAACAAAAGUGACUGCUCAUCCGCAACCCUAAACCAAACCCUUCUUUCUUAUUUUGCUGGUUCUACUUCUGAUGAUUGUGCACAUAUCCCAUUUCCUAUAUAUACUGCGAAUCACGAAGCCAGGCAUUUACUUUGAUCUCGAAUCGGAUGAGGGAUAACUUCCCUCGGCCACGCGAUCAUGGAUCCGUCGGGACGAGCGAACUCGGGCUCCGGCGACGACGGGAAGAGUGCUACCGCUUGUCCACGUGGCCACUGGAGACCUGCAGAGGAUGAGAAGCUCCGGCAGCUUGUCGAGCAGUACGGUGCGCAGAACUGGAAUUCUAUUGCAGAGAAGCUUCAAGGAAGAUCAGGAAAGAGUUGCAGAUUAAGGUGGUUUAACCAACUCGAUCCAAGAAUUAACAGGAGGCCAUUUAGCGAAGAAGAAGAGGAAAGGCUUCUCGCGGCUCACCGCGUGCACGGAAACAAGUGGGCACUCAUAGCGAGAUUAUUUCCCGGGCGAACGGACAACGCCGUCAAGAACCAUUGGCAUGUCAUAAUGGCCAGAAAGCAAAGAGAGCAGUCCAAGCUCUGUGGUAAAAGAAGCCACCAAGAGUACUCUCUCGGUGAUACCACAGUUUUUCAAGGAAGAAAGACUCAUUUCCAAGAUGAGUUGCUCGGUUCGCAGUUUGGGAGCGAUCAGGGGAAGGGAUUUUUCAUCUUUCACGGCCCCAGUAGGGAGAGAAAUUUCGCUUUAUCGUCAUCUUCGUCAGCUUCUUGGACUUUAGGCAACCAACCGCUCGCAAAGUCCGUGCACAACUCAUCUUCAGUUGAUAAUUUAAAUAGAGUAGAGAGAAGAGAUUACUACAAUCGAGCUUCCAGUAAUUAUUCGGCUACAGAGGCUUUCAGAAGUUUGAGCCAACCCUUCCAUUCCCUUCCAUAUUCAUACGUUUCAAGUGCUCACUCGAUUAACCCCUACCGGAGGGUCGUUCCAAGUCCAUUUGGGUAUGUUUGCCUCAACGACGGCUGCAACGCUGGUAACACAACGAAGAAACAGGAGAUGGUGAGCUUCCACGAUGAAAUGCCGAGGUUAGAGAAGACGAGAUUGCACGCUAAUUCGACGCAUCAAGAACAAGCAGAUGAGUCUCUCAAGCACAAGGGUGUUCCUUUCAUAGAUUUCCUUGGUGUGGGGAUUUCUUCUUGAUAUGUUCAUUGAUCCCUAGAGAAAUUUUCCCAGAUAUUUAUCCCUGUAGUUUUUUUCUCUUCUGAUGAUCUAAUCAACUAAUUAGUAGUCUGAGGAAUUUCACAUAAUCUUCUUCUUGUUAUAAUUCACAUGUUUAAGAAGCGAUCAACAAAUUAAUCAAGUAGUUCUCUGCUAGUCUGAUGUUCAUGCAGGUUAUAGCAUCUCUGUGAUCUAGGCUUUGUCUUAUUGCUCGAACUAGUCUAUGUUUGUUCUUGCACUCCCUUUUGUUCUAUAAUUUCGACUUGUAAUAAGAGUUCUUCGAGUC